UUUCCCAGUAACGGAACUAUACCAGUAUUCAGUGCCAUCAUCAUGGACUUCGAAGACUACACCGCAACCCGCGGGAUGAUGUACCUUUUAUUGGCCCAGAACAAUAACCCUGCCUUAGGAACUGGUACCCACAUUUUGGCUACCCAGUCCCAAAACUUAUUGGGAGGUAUUCCCGACACUUUGCUUGACUUCAAUAACCAGUACCAGAUCAACUUGUUUGGUAACUAUCCCGUGGAGAGUGAUAAGGUGCCUUCAGCCAUCUUUGCAGCUGCGUUUGCAGUGUUGAUGGUGCUUCAUAUUGCCAUCUUUGCUAUCAAUGCGUCCCGUGGUCACUACUUCUGGUUGACCUUGGGUUGGAUCUUCUACUGUAUCAUGAGAGUGAUUGGAUGGAUCGUUAGAAUUUACUGGAUCCCUGUUUUAUACGAUACCACCAGAGGUAUUUCCAACGAAGUGUUUUUGAUUUUGCCCUCCAUCUUUCUUACAUCCUUCAACUUGAUCUUAGCACAGCGUAUUUUCACCUGGAGACAUCCAGUCGGUGGAUCCCGUCGUUUAUUCUGGAAUUUGAUGAUCACAUUAUAUGUGUUCGUCGCUGCAAUUGUGGCCAUCACAGUGCUUGCUUCUGCAGUACCAUACGUCAACUUCUUAUCGGAUAAAAACUACACCAGAUGGAAAAAGGUGGUCGAGGCUUCGUCCAUUUUGAUUAUCUUGUACUCCUUGACUUCGAUCUCCUUGAUUGGUUUGGCAUACUUCUUCAAGCCAACCGCCAAGGACGAAAACUUAUACACUUACCAACCUUGGUGGGUUGAAUCUUUCUCUCCAUUCUACUUUGUUAAGCCUGGUGCCAAAGAAGAAGCGGAAGAAACUUUCAUGAAGAGAAACCACAACCAUCGUCAUGCCAUCAGAGUCAUCGCCGCCACCCACCAUCACUACAACAUGGUUGAAGGCACCACCAAUCAAAGAGGUGACUUGACUCAUAAUUAUUCUUUGGUUAUCAUCGCAAUUACCACAGUAUUGCUUCUCGUGGGAGCAGUAUUGAGAUCAAUUGUUGUUUUCGAAGGAAACUACCAUUACAAGAGUGGUAAGUUGUGUCAGCCUGUGGCUAUGUACAUCUGUUGGGGUUUGUUCGAAUUUAUCAUCAACGCACUCUACAUCGUUGGAAGAGUUGACUUGAGAUUCUACAGACCAGACAAGUUACCUAAGAAGGUUAGAAGCAUCAUCACUGCCGAACAGUCUGUGCUUGUGUCCGACAACGAAGAAGAGGAAGAGGAAUACGAGUAUGAGACCGACGAGAACUACUCUCAACAAUACAAGGAGUCAUUUAACGAUUCCAAUGAUCUCGACUUUUCUCCACCAAACUAUCACUACCAAACAACUCAACCAGCUCAUCCCAAACCAAAAACCGAGAAGAACGAGGAAGAGUUCCAUUUCUAGCUUGGAAUUAGAUACCAACGAAAAUGCAGAGAAGAGUUUCAUUUCUAGUGCGCUUUCAAAGUCUUAGUUCUAGCUCAAGGCCCUUUGUUCAUCACUGUGCACACUGACGUGGUCCAAUGACCAGUCUUAUUACCCAUUAUACCGAAAGGUUUACCAUCCUCAGCGAGGACUUGCUAAGUUGCAUGUAAUAUACGAUUAUAGAAUCAGCG